CGGAAAUUCCGUCGGUUAUUCCAGAUUGAAAGUGCUGUUGUAGAAAAUGAGGUAAAACAACCUAAAAUGUGUUGUCGUGUGUGAGCAAGACAUGGUGCCGGAACAUGGAAAGCAGCAGAAACGUUCUUCGGCCGACAGCGAGACGGACGGAUCCUUUGUGUUUGAAGCACACGAGGCCUGGAGGGAUUUCCACAGUUCCCUGCAACACUUCUAUGAGAAUGGUGAACUCUGUGACGUCACACUAAAGGUCGGAAGCAGACUAAUUCCAUGUCACAAACUAGUUCUUGCCUGCGUUGUUCCAUACUUCCGAGCCAUGUUCCUCUCAGACAUGGCCGAAGCCAAACAGGACCUGAUCGAGAUACGCGAUUUUGAUGCAGACGCCAUCCAGGACCUGGUGCGCUUCGCGUACUCUUCGCGGCUGAUGCUGACGGUGGAUAACGUUCAGCCGUUGUUGUAUGCGGCAUGUAUCCUGCAGGUGGAGCUGAUCGCUCGGGCCUGUUGCGAGUACAUGAAAGCUCAUUUCCAUCCCUCCAACUGUCUGGCCGUGCGAACGUUUGCAGAGAGUCACAACAGAGUGGAUCUCAUGGACAUGGCCGACCGUUACGCCAGCGAACAUUUCGGCGAGGUGGUGGAGUGUGAAGAUUUCGUCAGCGUUUCACCGCAGCACCUGAAAACGCUGAUGGCCUCCAGUGACCUUAACAUUCAUUCUGAAACUCAAGUGUACAACGCUGCGGUGAAGUGGCUGAAAGCCAAUGUCAAGCAUCACGAGCUCUGGCUGGAUCAGAUUCUUUCUCAGGUGCGUCUGCCGCUGCUGUCGGUAGAUUUCCUCACGGCCACUGUGGCUAAAGAAGAAAUGAUCAAGACCAGUUUAAACUGCAGAGACCUCUUAGAUGAAGCUCGCAAUUACCACCUGCACCUUGGUAUCAAAAGCGUUCCUGACUUUGAGUAUUCGAUACGCACAACACCCCGCAAACACACGGCAGGUGUGUUAUUCUGUGUCGGAGGACGGGGUGGUUCCGGUGACCCAUUCCGCAGUAUUGAGUGUUACUCCAUCACUAAAAACAGCUGGUUCUUUGGCCCUGAAAUGAACAGCAGACGCAGACAUGUGGGGGUGAUUUCAGUGGGAGGGAAGGUUUACGCUGUUGGAGGUCAUGACGGCAAUGAACAUCUUGGGAACAUGGAGGUGUUUGAUCCACACACAAACAAGUGGAUGAUGAAGGCAUCUAUGAAUACUAAACGAAGGGGGAUCGCUUUGGCUGCUCUGGGGGGUCCCAUCUACGCUAUCGGUGGUCUUGACGAUAACUCGUGUUUCAAUGAUGUUGAACGUUAUGACAUCGAGUCAGAUCGCUGGAGUGCCGUGGCCGCUAUGAACACACCCAGAGGAGGCGUCGGUUCUGUGGCUCUCGGGGGACAUGUGUACGCAGUCGGUGGAAAUGAUGGGGUGGCAUCACUGUCCAGUGUCGAGCGUUUUGACCCUCAUCUGAACAAAUGGACAGAUGUGCGGGAAAUGGGGCAACGGCGUGCUGGAAACGGCGUCAGUGAACUCAACGGUUGCCUCUAUGUCGUUGGUGGUUUUGAUGAUAAUUCUCCAUUGAGCUCAGUGGAGCGCUUCGAUCCCAGGAUGAACCGAUGGCAGUAUGUGUCAGAGCUGACCACACCGAGGGGGGGAGUCGGUGUUGCCACAGUGAUGGGCCGGGUUUUUGCUGUGGGUGGGCACAAUGGAAACAUCUACCUGAAUACGGUGGAGGCCUUUGAGCCACGAACAAACAGAUGGGAGCUGGUGGGCUCUGUGUCUCACUGUCGGGCCGGCGCGGGCGUUGCGGUCUGUUCCACUCACAUUAGUCAGAUUCGAGACAUCGGCCAGGGCUCCAGUAAUGUGGCCGACUGCAUGUAGCCACAAUGUCACAUCACACGGUUUAACUUAACAGUAAAUACACAGCAAACACUGGACGUUCAAAUAUCUUGUGUUGUGUUUUAAUUUCAUCAAUGGUACUGGAAGCUAACGUUCAUUGUGAUUUUAUUGCUUUUGUGUUUGUAUAGCUGCAUAAUGAUGAGUGUGCUGAACUGCUUAAUGCCUUUCACUUCUGUAAGAUGACAUUAGUUUAAUAGACAGUGAUUUCGGACUACUUGUGGAAAUCUGUUUUGCAUGUUGCAGUUGACAUCAGAUAAAAGCGCAAAGACUACUUUGUGACGAUCACGUUGUGAUCAAAGGUGUUUUUUGGCGUCUGUACAAUCACAGAAUCACACAUUGAGAGAUUCAAGCAGAGCAUGUGCAGUUAGGGUAAUGCAGUGGUGAUCAAUCCGGUUCCUGAAAAGUUUCUUUCCAAACACAAUCUAACGGACCUGCCUGUGAUUUUCAGUUCAAAAGUGAAACUAUGAUUGGCUGUUUCAGGUGGGUUUUAUUCAGGUUGUGUCUAUGAUCUGCAAGAAUUUAAAACUCCAGAAGCAAGACUGAAAACAAACGUUCUAGACUGGUAUUUGUGUCAGUCAAAUAUGUGUGGGGGGGGAGAAUCUCCUGCUUUUCACUGCCAAGCUAGAUCUGCAAACUGAAAUAGAAACUCAGACAUGUGCUUUUAUAUGUCGCUUUUGUAACGGUGUUGUACAUGUUUCUCUUUCAUAGAAUUUCCUUCAAACAAUAAAUAUUUUUUCUUUUUUAUAAUGUA